UACAUCAGGAACUCAUUCUGAGUUUCUGGAGGAGUGACUCACCCUGUUGCCCCCCCCCCCAUUCUUCAGUGCCUCAUCUCUCUUAUUGUGUGCCAUUGAAUUGAUUCUGAGUCAUAGUGACCCUAUAGGACAGAGUAGAACUGCCUCAAAGGGUUUCUAAGACUGUAAUCUUUAUGGAGGAACAGUGGUUAAGAGCUUUGCUGCUAACCAAAAGGUCAGUAGUUCAUAUCCACCAGCUGCUCCUUGGAAACCUUAUGGGGCAGUUCUACUCUGUCCUGUAGGGUUGCUAUGAAGCAGAAUCGACUUGCUGGCAACAGGAACUGGAAUCUUUGCGGGAGCAGAUCGACAAGUCUUUCUCCUGCAGAGCUGCUGGUCUCUCGAAACCCCCUAUUUUUGUCCCCUUUAUCAUUGUCUCACUUUUUUUUUAUUCCCCAACCUUCCCCUGCUCUGUGUCCCUAUCUCCUUGUAUCCCCAUUUUUCUCUGCCCAAUGUGUGUUCCCAUCUCUUCAUGUCUCCUCUGUCCCCCAUCUCUCUGUGUCUCUGUCCACCACUGUCCCUGCCCCCCAUUUCUGUGUCUCUGCUGCCAUCUCCUCACUGGCCUGCCUGGGCUGCAGCCCAGCGCCGGGCCUGGCUGGCCUCCCUGGCUCCCCCUCUGCGGCUCUGAGCUGGCCCCACCCCCUGUCCCCCUGCGUCCGGGCCUCUGAUCCUCCUGUGGACUCAGAGGUCGGGCGCUCAGCACACAGCCCCUUGGCACCCACAGACAGGCCUCCCUGCACCCCAGCAGAGGAGCCCCCGGCGGAGGGCAUGGGGGUGGGCCGCCCCACCAGGUACGUGCUAAACCUCGGUAGGGGUCCUAGGCCUGAGCCAUCCCAUCUUCUGCCACCCUCUUCCUCCCUUCACAACACCCUCCUGGUUGGAGCCUCCACCCCAACUUCCAUAGGGUCCACCAGGAGACCCUAUGACCAUCAGUGACAGGUUGUAGAUGCUGGCCCCAGGUCUGCAGGGCCAGCCCUGUCUUCACCCUUCUGCCUUUUCCACCCACCUGCUCAUCCUCCAUGUCUUGCUGAGAGCCCCUUUCUCCUCACAUCUUUGUCUGUCUACAUGACUUUGCUCCCCUGCUGUCCGUCUCUACUUCCUAAGACAUGAUCUCCAUUCUCUCUCCCCAGUUUCUCUUAGUCUGCCUCUUUUCUCUGCCACUCUCUCUUUGGGUCUCUGUCCUCUCCCCAUCCCCCUCUCUCUGAGUCUCUAUCCCCUCUUUCUCCCUGGGUCUGUCUCCCUCUCUCUGGAUCUCUGUCACCACCCCCUUCUCUAGGUCUCUGUCCCCCCACCUUUGUCCCCCUCUCUCAGAGGCCCCUCUCAACAACUCUCACCUACCCAUCUCUCUGAGUCUCUGUCUCUGUGGACCUCUCUGGUCAGUCUGCCCCCAUGCCUCUCUCUUGGCAGUCCCUGCUCACCAACCUGCUGUCAGGCCCCCAGUGGUGGACGUGGGGGGCAGCAUCUGGGGUCUCUGGGGAAGAGUGUGAAGGUAUGUGGGGUUUCUUUGUGCAACUGAGGGUCAGGUUGCCUCGGGGCAGGGUUAUUGGCCCCAGAUUAGACAGUGACUUUGACAUGAAGAAGUUGACGAACCUUAAGCCCCACGUCUCCUUUAUAUGGAAACAUUAAGCUGCUCUCGCAGGUCAGGUGGAGGAUGGGGUGAGGGGUGGGGCUCGGGCACUGGAUCCUUGUCCAGACUGUCCUCUUUGUGGGGGGUUGGGGUGCCCUGAGCCCCAGUCACAUCCCCCAGCCUGUGAGGUGGGCCAUCCACACUGGGUGCACCAGCGGGGCCCCCUGCAGGUGAAGGUCCCUCCACGCUGGGCUCCCCACCACACAGGGCUGGAGGGUGGCUAGCCCGAGAGUGAGGAGGCCGAGCCCCAGGUCGGGAAGGCACCUGCUCUACUCUGCCACCUGGCACUGUGACCAGGACUCAGGCCUGUUUCCCAGCCUGUGAAAUGGGGUCUUGACCCCCCAGCGUCUUGAACAGACCAGGUGAGCGGAGAAGGGGUGACUAGUGGGGUCCAGGGGACCGGCUGAGCCCAGCACACAGUAGGUGCUCAGAAAGCAGGAGAACGCUUGGUGAGACCGUCUGGUUCCGUCUGAGAGGCCUAGGUAGGAGGCCUGUGCCACUUCUGGCUGAGGGAGCUGAGACAAACGACUGACUCAGGGCCUCAGUUUCCUUUUCUGUUCCAGGCAAAAUCCCCACAUCAAAGGGGCGUCCUUAGGAAGGGCUGGAGGGUGUGAGAGGGCUUACAGGGGGCAGAGGGUGUGCUAGUCACUGAGACCCUCCUCCCCCAUCUCUCGCCUUGUCUAGUCCCAGGGUGGCUCCUGAGAGAGAGAGUGCAGUGGAUGGGGUCUCUGAGCUGAAGAGGGGCUGCUGGUGUAGAAGUCAGAGCCUGGGUUCUGAUCUCAAGCCUGCCCUUUCAGUGACUAGCCUCCAUGUCCCUCUUUUGGGAUAAUGAUUUCUAACGCCCAAGGUGGCUGAGGGUGGGAAAAGAGGGUUGCCUUGCAUUGUGGGCAUGGGGCACACCCAGGCCUGGUCCACUCCAACCUGAGGCUCAUCUUUGCCUCUGUAAAAUGGGCCAAAUAAGCCCCCACAUGGUAGGGCUGGCCAGGUGGUCAGAGACAGCAGGUGCAGAGCUCCCGGGUGAGUGCCCCUUGGUGCUGAACUUGACAUGGAAUAGCGGCAUUGGAUUGAGUGCCCAGUCCCAACCAGGAACCCCCGUGAGGAUCCCCUAAGCCUGACACAGGUGUUUGGUAAAUACUGCUGGUGAAAUGCAGCAUUGACACGCAAAAUAUUUAACACCCCCCCCCCCGCCGCCUCCAGCCCUGGUAGGAGUCCCUGGGUGGUGCAAAGGUUAAAUGCUGAGAGGUUGGGGGGUUCUAACCCACUCAGGCACCUCGGAAGACAAGCCUGGCACUCUGCUUGAUCUGCUUCCAAAAGGUUACUGCCUUGAAAACCCUAUGGAGCGGAGAGGGCCUGGAAACCCACCCCCUCACAGUGCCAGAUGUUAACCCUGCAGUUGCUGGAGCGAUCCUGAUGAUGUCUGCAGGUCCGUGCCCAGCCCUUCUCUCCUCUUCAACACACCAUUGGCUGCUGGGAUUUCUCCCAUUUCCCAGAUGAGAGAACUGAGGCUCAGGAAGAGCUGUGACUUUCAACAGUCAUGAUGCUAGUGAGUGGCAGAGCCAGGAUCCAACCUAGAACUGCCUGAUUCCAAAGCCCCAAGAUCUUUCUUCUAAAUUCCUUUUCAAAUUGAGGAAUUAUAUGCCCCUUCCACAGAUAAGCAAACUGAGAUUCCAGAGAGGGAAGCCAGUGGUCCCAGAGCACACAGUGGGUCAGCCACUGAGCCAGGACUGGGCCCUGGGUCCAAAUCACUGGAAGGCCCUCCCUGCCCUUUUUUUAUUUUACCCCUUAAGAAGUUCAAUUUCCCGUUUUAUUGUUGAGGAAACUGACAUUUGGAAAGAUUUGCCCAAGAUGAUCAGGGUUGAACCUGUUUGUUUUUUUUUUUUCCUUUUGUGACAGCUUUGUUUGAAAUAUAACUCAUAUACCAUAUAAUUCACUCAUUAAAAUAUAGAAGUACAAUUAAGUGGUUUUUUUGUAUACUCACAUAACUGUGCAACCAUCACUACAAUUUUAGAACAUUUCUAUCACCCGAAAAUGUAACCCUGCAUCCAUUAGCUACCACCCUCCCUCACCGCACCAUCCCCCCAGCCCUACCCACUGCCAUUGAGUCGAUUCUGACACAUAGUGACCCUAUAGGACAGAGUAGAACUGCCCCAUAGGUUUCCAAGGCUGUAAUCUUUACGGAAGCAGGCUGCCACACCUUUCUCCUGCAGAAUAGCUGGUGAGUUCUGUUAACCUAUUGGUUAGCAGCUGAGCGCUUUAACCACUGUGCAACUGUGGCUCCUCCCCCAGCCCUAAAAACCAAACCACAUCAAAUCUGUUGCCAUCAAUUCCAACUCAUAGCAACCCUGUAGGGCAGCAGAACUGCCCGUAGUGUUUCCAAGGAGUGGCUGGUGGAUUUGAACUGCUGAUGUUUUGGUUAGCACUUAACUACCGUGCCACCAGCACCCCUCCACCAGCCCUGAGCAACCACAAAUCUACUUUCUGAAUUCAUAGAUUUGCCCGUUUUGGACAUUUCCUAUAAAUGGAGUCAUGUAAUAAUAUGUGGUCUUUUUCUCGUCUGGUUUUUUUCUCCUGGCAUAAUGUUUUCAAGGUUCACCCAUGUUCUAGCAUGUGUCAACACUUCAUUCUUUUAUUUCUACUAAUAAUAUUCCAUCGUAUGGAUAUACCACAUUUGAUCUGUUCAUCAGCUGAUGGACAUUUGGGUUGUUUCCACCUUUUUGCUAUUGUGAAUGCUGCUGCUGUGAACAUUCACAUACACGUGUUUGUGUGGACAUAUUCCUUCCUUUCUUUUGGGUAUAAAAAGAGUGGAAUUGCUGGGUCAUAUGGUAUCUUGAAGAAGUCCUGGUGGCGUGACAGUUAAGCACUUGGCUGCUAACCAAAAGGCUGGAGAUUCAAACCCAUCCAGGGGCUCCCUGGCAGAAAGGUCUGUUGAUCUGCUCCUGUAAAGAUUACAGCCUCGGAAUCCCCAUGCUGCAGUUCUACUCUGUCACAUGGGGGUCAGUAUAAUAACAAUGGGGUCACCUAGUAACAACAUAGUAACUCUAGGAUUAACUUAUUGAGGGACUGCCAGACUGUUUUCCAAAGCAGCUGCAGCACUUUACAUUCCCACCAGCACUGUAUGACGGCGUCGAUUCCUCUACAUCCUCACCAACACUUACCUGUGUUUUUUAUUAUGGCCAUUAUGGGGGUGAGGGAGCCCUGGUGGCACAGUGGGCAGUUUGAAUCCACCAGCCGCUCCUUGGAAACCAUGUGGGACAGUUCUACUCCAUCCUAGAGGGUCACUGAGUUGGAAUCGACUCGAUGGCAAAGAGUUUGGUUUUUCUUAGUAGGGGUGAGGUGGUAUCUCAUCGUGAUUUUGACUUGCAUUUCCCUUAAGACUAAUGAUACAGAGCUUCCUUCAAGUGCUUAUUGGCAAUCUGUCUUCAUUGUAGAAAUAUCUAUUCAAGUCCUUUGCCCGUUAUUUAAUAGCAUUACCAGUUUUUUUAAAUCUUGACUUGUAAUAUAUUCUAGAUAUUAAGACUCUUAUAUAUGAUUUGCAACUAUUUUCUCUCAUUCAGUGAACCCACUUUCUUGAUAGUGUCUUUGGAGCACGUAUUUUUAAAUUUGUUGUUCAUCUAUUUUUUUUUUGUGGCUUGUCCUUCGUGAGCUUGUUUUUGAGCCACAGCUGUCCCCAAAGCCCAGGCUCAUUCCUCCAUGCUGAGAAGCAGCUGUAGCAUGAACUCUCGAGCUAGACUUCUGUUACUCAAAUCCCAGCUUGGGCUAUUUACCUUAACUUUCUGUGCCUCAGUUUCCUCCUCUAAAUGUGGAUAUUAAUGCGUACCUCCUAGGGUUCCUGUGAGGCUCAAAGAAGCAAAUCCACGUAAGCGACUUAGAACAGUGCCUAAACCAGUUGUCCUGGAGUCCGUUCUGACUCUUAGAGACCUCAUGUGUGCCAGAGUAGAACUGUGCUCCCUAUGGUUUUUCAAUGGCUGAUUUCUCAUAAGCCUUUCUUCCAAGGUGUCUCUGGGUAAAUCCGAACCUCCAACCUUUUGGCUAGCAGCUGAGUGUGUUAACCGUUUGCACCACCCAGGGACUCGAGAACAGUGCGUGAUACACUAUAAACGUCUGCUGUAAUUGUUGGCGUUGGUGCUUGCUAUAGUGUUACUGAGGGCCCUGGGUGGGGCAAACAGUUAAGCUGAAAGGCUGGCAGUACGCACUCAUCCAGAAGCAUCUUGGAAACAGGCCUGGUGAUCCGCUUCCAAAAGGUCACAGCCUUGAAAACCCUAUGGAGAAGUUCUACUCUGCACACAGGGUCACCACGAGUUGGAGUCGACCCCAAAGCAACUAACGACAACAUAGUAUUAUUGUUGUUACGGCUAUAGUGUUACUGCUGCUGUCACUAUACAAGUAUCUGCUAUAGUUUCCUUGCUCUUAUUGAUGCUGUACUCUUCUAACAUGGCGUCUACUGUUCCCACCCACUUACCAGAUGAAGCCAUUAGGGCUCAGAGAGCAUGCCUCGCCGAUAAGCACACCCAUUUCCUGCACCCCUGACGUCCCUGCCUGAUUCUUGCCCUGCAGGUUCCCCCGCCGGGCGGCCACCCCCCACUAGGCCAAGUGGAGGGGGUCCCCCCGCCCAAUGGGCCUGGCCAGGGCCCUGCGCCGCCUGAGCGGCGCCCUGGAGUCAGGGGACAGCCGGGCUGGCGAUGAGGAGGAGGCCCGGCCGGGGCUGUGCCGCAACGGGUGGGCGCCGGCGGCGUCUCCAGUGGGCCGGCGCCGUGGGCGCUUCGUCAAGAAGGACGGCCACUGCAACGUGCGCUUCGUAAACCUGGGCGGCCAGGGCGCGCGCUACCUGAGCGACCUGUUCACCACGUGCGUGGACGUGCGCUGGCGCUGGAUGUGCCUGCUCUUCUCCUGCUCCUUCCUUGCCUCCUGGCUGCUCUUCGGCCUGGCCUUCUGGCUCAUCGCCUCGUUGCACGGCGACCUGGCUGCGCCGCCGCCGCCCGCGCCCUGCUUCUCGCAAGUGGCCAGCUUCCUAGCCGCCUUCCUCUUCGCGCUGGAGACGCAGACGUCCAUCGGCUACGGCGUGCGCAGCGUCACCGAGGAGUGCCCGGCCGCCGUGGCUGCCGUUGUGUUGCAGUGCAUCGCCGGCUGCGUGCUCGAUGCCUUCGUCGUGGGCGCCGUCAUGGCCAAGAUGGCCAAGCCCAAGAAGCGCAACGAGACGCUCGUCUUCAGCGAGAACGCCGUCGUGGCACUCCGCGACCACCGGCUCUGCCUCAUGUGGCGCGUCGGCAACCUCCGUCGCAGCCACCUCGUCGAGGCCCACGUGCGGGCCCAGCUGCUGCAGCCCCGUGUGACCCCGGAGGGUGAAUACAUCCCACUGGACCACCAGGACGUGGACGUGGGCUUCGAUGGUGGCACCGAUCGCAUCUUUCUCGUGUCUCCCAUCACCAUCGUGCAUGAGAUCGACUCUGCCAGUCCCCUGUACGAGCUUGGCCGUGCGGAGCUGGCCCGGGCUGACUUUGAGCUGGUGGUCAUUCUUGAGGGCAUGGUAGAGGCUACAGCCAUGACCACACAGUGCCGCUCCUCCUACCUCCCUGGUGAGCUGCUCUGGGGCCAUCGUUUUGAGCCAGUCCUCUUCCAGCGUGGCUCCCAGUAUGAGGUCGACUAUCGUCACUUCCAUCGCACUUAUGAGGUCCCAGGGACGCCUGUCUGUAGCGCGAAGGAGCUGGAUGAACGGGCAGAGCAGGCAUCCCACAGCCCUAAGUCUAGCUUCCCUGGCUCCCUGGCUGCAUUUUGUUAUGAGAACGAACUGGCUCUGAGCUGGUGCCAGGAAGAAGAGGAAGAAGAGGAGGCCAAGGAAGGGGAUGGGGCAGAGGCAGAAGAUGGGACUGCCAGUCACUGAGUUCUCACACUGAUCCUGGCGGUGAUCCUGCUUCCAUGACAUGAGCUGGUAGCACCCAUCUGUGCCUCCUUCCCAGAGGUCGCAAGAUGGAGAGAUGGGGCCCUCUCUGGGAUGGGGUUGGUGUUUUCCCAAGGCUGACAUGCCUGCUGGGUAAAUUAUUAUCUGGUCAGGCCCUGCCAUGCCUGGAGGACCCACCAUGGACAUACUGGACCUUAAUUCCUCUGCAUUCCAUGGUCCCUCCUGAGACCCCCCUCCCCCAUUAUAAGCCUCAUUCCUGUGUCUCGCCAGAGCUGAGGGAUCCAGAAUCCUGGACCACCCAAGAGGCCAGGACUAGUGGUUCUGGAUUCCUCUGUACGGCUGGUCCUGGGUAAUUGGAAUCAGUGGGUCAGGAAUCAGUUGUCUAUGCCAUCUCUAGGAGAGGAAGUUGGCAGUUAUUGAACAGCAACAAAGAUAAAGAGUUUGUAGGUCUGAACUGGCCUAAGAUUCGAGGGACUCACCCAACAGCUUCCAGAUUCACCCACCUGAGUAGCAAAUCAUUGGUUCUAGAUCACUCAAAGAGGGAAGGUUAUGGAAUGCCCCAAGUAUUCAAACCCCUCUCAACUGACCAAAGACAAGGACUGGUUACUGCAAGCCAAAAGAAGACCUUGUGGUUCCUGAGAGCCCAAGAGUUGAGAUUUUGUGAAUCUAGACCAGGUUUGAUCUCAGGAGUUGAACCACCCCAGAAAUUAAAGAGUUAUGUUUCUAGAAUGCACAAAGCAAUGGGGGAGUCCGUGGGUCUAGGAGGACUAAAGUGACAGAUUGGGAGUGACAGAUUGGGAGUUCUUGAUAUUAGAUAACUCAGACACUGUUGAACAUCCACUUGAGAGAAUAAUCAAUGCUUCUAAAUGACCCAUAAGACGUUGGAGAAAAAAAAAAGUGCCAUUCUAGAAUACUGAAAGGAAUUCAGAUUCUGUGGGUCUCAACUGAUCAGAGUCAAGAAAAUGAUGGUUCUAGAAGUCUACGGUUUGCUGGUUCCACUUUGCCCAGUGGAGUUGAGAAUCUCAAUGAUUGUGGAUUAUGAACUGAUAGAACAAACUUCUUUGUGGUUCUGUAAUGCCAAAAGGAAUCAAGGCUCUAGGGAUCCAGAGUUGUCCAUUACCAAAGCCUGGAAGUUCAAAUCACCUCCAGAUGGGAUGCUUGGCCAUUCUAGGAGAUGCACUCAGGAAUUGAGAAGCAGCAUUUCUGGGCUGUCCAGGAAGGCGAGGGCCCAGAUAAGACCCUGUAGGCAACAGGGCUAGUUAGUGGGCAAGGGGAGGGAAAGGCCCAAGAGUGGUGAGUCUAAAAUGCUCUGGAAUCCUACACCUAGUUAUGUGUAUAUAUUUCUUAAAGAUGUUAUACACAUAUGUAUCAUAUAUAUAUAAUAUAAAUACAGAUAUCUAUUUUUCUCCCCUGGUUCCUACAGGAGGGUAGAAAUUGAACUUGAGGUCACUGGAACAAGUCUUUACAAGACUCCAAGAAGCUUUUCUCUAUAUCCCAACUCUGCCAUAACUUACUUACUGUGUGACCUUGGGAAAAUCACUCCCCUCUCUUCACCGCAGUUUCCCCAUCUCUAAAAUGGGGCAUUGGAACUUGAAGAUUCCUAAGAGCCCUUCCAGCAGGAUGGUUCUUCACCUCACCGAAGGUGGGGUGGAGGUGAGGGUCCUGGGUGUUUCACAGCUCUCCCUGGUGUUGGCACACCUGGUCUUCCGGGGUGGCUGGGAAGGGAGAUGCUCAUGGAAGCUAGGUGUCUAAAUCAUGGCACAUGCAAUGGGUAGUGUGGGCUGUGGCCAAGGGCCAGUUCACCUCCUCCUUGGCGGCUGGGGAUGGAGGGGUGAGCUCGGAAUGCCAGGGAUCGUCCCGCUGUGAGGACAGUGUGUUUUGGGGGGGGCGAGAACUUCCCCUGAGAUUAAAGAACUGGGAGCCCUCAUGGGUGUGUUUGUGAGUAUGUUUCUGGGACACUGGUCCUCGGAGCUGGCCCUUGGCCCAUGUUCCCAUCUACCUAAGUACUCCGCAGGCCGAGAAGCAGCCGCAGAGAGUGCCAGUACCAGGGGGAGGACAGUUCCCGCCCCAGUGUCCCAGGACUGAGGACAGGCAGUCAUUGCCAUGAGCCUGCCCAAGUGCUGCAUCAACCCAGGUCCCCCACCACCACCCUGUGUCCCUACCUCCCGUUUAUCCUUCAGAAUCCCCACUUAAUGACCGGAUGGGAUUAAUUAGCUGGCUUCUCUCCCAGUUUAGGGUGUCUGGGGUAGGGACUGGGGGCAAUGGAAACAUAGCUCUCAGGGUUAUGGGGAAGAAUGUUAAGAUGGGGUGAAGGGACGGAGAGGGCGCUGUUUGGGAGAGGGGGCAGGGCUGGCACCAUCUGGGUCUCCCCCGAGGAGGGCAGGGUUUGGGCUUCUCCUAAAGGUCACUGAGGAGAUUAAGAGGCUCGGUGUCUAAUCCGUCAGCUUAACCAGGUCCUGGCCCUGAAUGUGUCCCCACCUGCCCAGCACAAGAACAGUGAAAGAGGACGAGGAUGAGGUCCAGACAUCCCCUCAGCCGGAGGGAGGGACCUGCAACUCAACAGGUUCCCCGUCUGGGUUCCUGCAUCCGCUCCCCGCCCCCCUUCUCCCCGGCAUGGAAUGGGAAGGAGAGGCUGGGGAAUGGGAGAGGCCUCCUACACGGGAGGAUUUUUGAGAGGAGGGAAGAGUCUGAGAAAGGGAAGCGUAUGGGAGAACAGACGAACCAGAGGGAAAGGACUCCGAGAGGGAUAAGCCAUCAGAGAGGUGUGAGGAUGUGAGGAAAGGGGAGUUGUUUUAAGGGCAGGAUGCUUGCGGAAGAGAGGACUCUUGGGAAGAGGUUGCUAGUGUAGGGGAGGAUGCUGAGCU